AUUACUUGACACGAUUUUGAUAUAGUUGUACUCUGAAAUCUCAGUGUUUGUUUGGCCCUUAAUGCGCAAUUAAAGCUAAAGGGGUUUAUAAGUGAAUGUGUUACAUACUAAUUAAUAGGAAAUUAUUAUCGAACUACCAUUUAAUGAGUUUUGGAGAAACAACAAGAAGCAGAUACGUCACAAGAAAUUAAAGACAUCGCACCAUGAACAAUAAUGCGGGAAGCCGUCCUCACGAGCGACUUGUCGAUAUCCAGGGGCAGGGCACCAGUGGGCAGGCAAACAGGUUCUUCUGGAUUGCAGGGAUCAUUGUUGCAGUUGUCGCCCUGAUUAUGAUACGCUGGCUUUGGCGUUAAAUAAGAAAAUCUACUACCGGUACUGGCGGUACAUCAUGUUGACCUUUCACGGUUAUCCAUUGUCCAGCAAAUGCAUGAAUUUUGUUCGGAUCACUUAUUCCGUUGUCUUGAGCGAUGGUCUUAUAUGGCACGUGGAACCUUACUCCGAGCUCGGACAGCGUGUCUCCGUAUUUCACAAUUUGUUUGCCCACAGGCACACUGUUUGGAUUGGCAAUAUUGUUAUCCCUGGCAAUCUUCAUAUACGGAACACCAUACUUCACGCCUAUGGCGGAUAAAGUGUCGCCGUAUUGAAUAGUGUGGAUGGUAACCGCCGGAUCGACGGCUUCAACCGGUUUCGCAGCCGCAUCUAGAGUGACUGACGUACGAGUAUGGUAUCUAUUCUCGAAGCACAAAAUGACCUAAACUGCGUACCAGCCACCAGGCUACCAGCAUAUGGCGCACCAUCAGCAAGCUAAAACGACCGGAAAUUGUCGAAGUUUUGAGCUUAUCGCUGGCUAACAGGCGAGGAAAGUGGAAUUCAUUACGAAACCAGAGCGCAGCGAUACGCCAGUUCAGUCGGAGUGGGCACAAUGUCGUCAUGUUGCUCCACCCAUAUUUCUUGUCGGUGCCCUCCAUCUGUCCUUUCGCGAGCAUUGUACCGCAUCGUUUUAAUACUCACAGUGCACAGAGUGCAGCGUCAAACAGAAAUUAACAAUGGCCUUGAGGUAAAUCAAGAAUUUGUGUUUCUCUCUGUUCUCUAUCUGCCGCUUGGUCUGCCUCUCUCUGUCUUUCUCUCUAUCUGCCGGUCAGCUCUUGUUCGCCAUUACAGCUUACAGCUGAUGCAUUCACUUUGCAGCCGGACUCUCUUUUCUGCAUCACACAAAGUAUCCAGUGCUCACCAGAAAAGAUGCCAUCUCCUUUCUGAUCUUUGCAUUUGUUUGCAUUUCUCCUACUCUACGUCUUCUUGUGCAUUCUCGUACUCUUGUGAAUCCUUCCAGUACUUGUCAGAUCUGUGAUUUAUCUGGGAUUUACAGCAUUUACUUAUUUACUACUUAAUUAAUUCGUCGACGGUUUGUGCAGACUGUGCAGUUGCGGUAAUUUAUCCGAUCACAUUUUCGGACCAUAUCAAUAUUGUUCCAUAGAAUGUCCCCGAUGCCCAAUCUGGAUAAAUUAUCAAAGAGUUCCCCGGCUGCUAGCCUUAUCGGUUGGGGAACGAAUGGACGUGCGGCCAAAAGGACGAGUUUCAAGCAGCGGAAAAGCCUCGAAAUGCGGAAGGAAGAGAUGAAAAAUAUCCGCACGAGUCAUCCUUUGAAAAUCCCAGUGAUUGUGGAGAAGUACUACAAGGAAGUUCAGUUACCCCCUCUGGAAAAAGAAAAGUAUCUGGUUCCACCCGAGAUCUCGAUGUCACAGUUUGUGGCCGUUAUCAGAAACCGGAUGAAUCUUUCACCGACGCAAACAUUAUACUUGAUAGUCAACAACAAAUCGUUGGCCAAUAUGAGCAAAACCAUGGCGGAAAUUUAUCGCGAGGAGCGCGAUGAGGAUGGAUUUCUCUACAUGGUAUACGCCUCACAGGAGAUGUUUGGUUGAAAGAAAACAGUCUGCAUAUUUCCUACCGUGAUUUUCAGAUGGAGACAUCUUUUUGCCUGCUCUUUUCCGGCAUUUUGAGUAUUUUUCUUCAUAAAUGUGACGUGAAAAAAUACGAAAAGCAAAUUCGCACACGUUCUGUUCCGUCCGUCCAUCAUGACAAAAUUAUGUGGUGAAUGGUUGGUGUCACUGGAUGGCUGCCUGCGCCCGCCCGUAACCCCACCCAUUGUUUUCCUGAUUGUGGACUGAUCAUGAACCCUGUUCUCUGUGUUUCUUUCUGAUCCGAUAUUGUAAUUCGGUUAAAACAGUAUAAUAUGUAUAUCUCUGGUUUCGAUUAUAUUAUGGGAAAUUUUGUUGAUAUUCAUACGAUUGCUUUUGCUACAAGUGUCCGGUAUUUGCCGAUUUUUUUUGCUUUGGACUUCAGUUUUUCUUCGGUGUUAUUCUGGGUUUAUUUGGCGGUGUUCUGUGGUGUCGUUUUUCCAGGUUUUUUUGCAUUUAUGGCGUGCGCGGGAACUCAGAAGUGUUGUUACUGAUUUUGAGAUAAAAAAUAAAUACCGGACUUGAAAA